AUGAACGUACCCGAAGAUGCCUACCACUGCACGCAAUGCAACAUUUGUGUUUCGGACUACGAUCACCAUUGUGUGUGGAUAGGGAAGUGCAUUGGGAGGAACAACAUGCUUCAGUUUAGCCGCUUCACCCUGUCUUUGGUGAUUUCAUUUUUCUAUUUGUCGUUCUGCCAGGCUCUGACGUUCUUUAAUGUGUUUAGCAUUUCGGUUUGGAUUGUUUGA